UCCAAUAUGGAGUAAAACGGAGGAGGAGUAGGGAGAUGGGGCUCGGACGGGGCGCCCAGCACCGCCUCCUAGGCGCGCCUCCCCUCGCGGCGGACCGCUCCCCGGGACAGUGAUUGGUCCAGCUUCUCCCACCCUGGGGGCGACCCCCCGCCCCGGACCCCGAGCCCCCUCCUCACUCCGGGCAGACCCCUUCACCUCCCCUCCUCUCCUCCUCACGGCAGUUCUCUUCCACUCCUCUCGCUUGGCUGCUUGUUUUUCUUGUCUUCGUCCCCUCCCCCUCUUCUCGUCCCCCUCCCCUCAACCCAAAUCUCUUUUCAGUCCCCUCACUCUUGGAAACUGCACCUUCCGUGCUCACUUCGAAACCUAGCCUCUUGCUUCAUUCUCCCCCUUUUUGCCACCAGACGCCAGUGUCUCCCACACUAACCCCCCAUUUCAGCCCCCCUUUUCUCUGUGCCUCCCCCCUUCUGCUUUUCCUCCCUACUCUUUCCCUGCCCCCCCAACCUCAGCACUUUGCUGCUGUCUACUUGAAUUCACACCCUCCCAACUGUGCCCCCGUAAUCCCCUACCCCUCUUCUCCUGUCUCCUCCCUCUCCUCCUCUCCCCCCUCCCAAAUCAGGCGAUCUCUCGAAAUGUGAGGAAGGGGGGGGGGGUGGGUGGAUGGGAAGAUGAAGGGAACAGAGCUACCCGCUGCGGGGCAUUCAUCUAGGUGAACAAGAAAAUGACCGAAGAAACACACCCAGACGAUGACAGCUAUAUUGUUCGUGUCAAAGCUGUGGUUAUGACCCGAGAUGACUCCAGUGGGGGAUGGUUACCUCAAGAAGGAGGUGGUAUCAGUCGAGUUGGUGUCUGCAAGGUCAUGCACCCAGAAGGGAAUGGAAGAAGUGGUUUUCUCAUCCAUGGAGAACGACAGAAAGACAAACUGGUGGUAUUGGAAUGCUACGUAAGAAAAGACUUGGUCUACACGAAAGCAAACCCAACGUUUCAUCAUUGGAAAGUCGAUAAUAGAAAGUUUGGGCUUACUUUCCAAAGCCCAGCUGAUGCACGAGCCUUUGACAGAGGCGUGAGGAAAGCAAUAGAAGACCUGAUCGAAGGAUCUACAACUUCUUCUUCAACAAUCCAUAAUGAAGCUGAGCUUGGAGACGACGACGUUUUUACAACAGCUACAGACAGUUCUUCUAAUUCUUCUCAAAAGAGGGAGCCACCCACCCGGACAAUCUCUUCUCCCAUGUCCUGUGAACACCGGAGUAUAUAUACCUUGGGCCAUAUCCAUGACCAAUAUAGCGCUGACCACUAUCAACUUGAACAAUCCAUCCCAAGACCGUACCGACAGGUCAGUUUCCCAGACGAUGAGGAGGAGAUCGUCCGCAUCAACCCUCGGGAGAAGAUCUGGAUAACGGGGUAUGAGGAUUAUCGGCAUGCUCCUGUGAGGGGCAAAUACAUGGACACAUCAGAGGAUGUCGACUCCUACGUGCGCUUCGCCACCAAGGGUGAUGCCUCCAAGCAUGACUACACCUACCCAUAUGUGGACCAUUCGGACUUCGACAUGGGGGAUGACCCCAAAGGAGGGGGUGGAGGGAGCGUGAUUAAGACUCAGCCCCACCGAGGCAAGUCUCGACGGCGGAAGGAGGAUGGGGAACGGUCACGAUGCGUGUACUGUAGAGACAUGUUCAACCAUGAGGAAAACCGAAGGGGUCAGUGUCAGGAUGCCCCUGACCCCAUCAGAACUUGCAUCCGCCGGGUCAGCUGUAUGUGGUGUGCAGACAGCAUGCUCUACCAUUGUAUGUCCGACCCCGAGGGAGACUAUACGGACCCUUGUUCGUGUGACACCAGCGAUGAAAAGUUUUGCCUCCGGUGGAUGGCCCUCAUCGCUUUGUCCUUCCUGGCCCCCUGUAUGUGCUGUUACCUGCCCCUCCGAGGCUGCUACAACUGUGGGGUAAUGUGUAGGUGCUGUGGUGGGAAACACAAAGCAGCUGGAUGAAGACAAUAGCCUGUUGCUCCAUCUCCCUCUCUCCUUACCAUUGACAGGGGCUGAUACCCCUGAAAUGGGAGCCUCUUUGCCCUAGCCCUGCUGUUCCUGGAGACAUCAUUCCAGCCUGGGGAACCCAUCUGAUGGUUUCGCCCCAUGAGCUCCAGCCAGCCACUCUUAAUUGUUCACACAGACACACACACAUACACCCUACCCCCAGUGUUGUAAUGAAAUUAACCUUUGGCAUAGACUAUUGUAUUAUUAAUAAUCUGUAAUCCAAUGAUUGUCUUGUACAUGUUUAUAUUCCCCGUCGCUACCCUCCCCAACCCUUCCCUCCUUCCAACUUUCCACUUCAAAAGGAAGGAGACUACUGUCUGAACUGUUGAUUUGCAGGGAAUUUUUUUGGUUUGGGGUUUUUGGAAGAGCAUCUCAAGACUGUAUCUUGUUAAGCUUGCCUUGACAAACCACCUGUACCCAGCAGAUACGGGAUACCUACCAAAAUAAGUGAGAAUGAUGAAAUCCCACCAGAAGUAUUUUAACCUGCAGUCAGUUAUUAUGUGUAUAGAAGGUGUGCUAGCGUGUACCACAACAUGAUAUUGCCGUGACCAUUCUAAAGCCAAAUUUCUUACAUCAUGUAAACUGCAGUUUCUGUUUUCAGUCCGUCAUCAUUUCUUUUGCAAAAAAAAAAUGCAUUUAAAUUAUUCACUAAUGGAACACAUCCAUUCAUGCAAAGACAAUGAGAAAUAAGCCUUAACAUCAGGAGGAGUCCUCAAACUCCAUGUAUUUCCAGCUAAUGCUGGAGAAACAACUUAAAGUUUCUAUGAGCUACCCAAAUAGUUACAAAAAUAGCAUUUAAAAGAUUUAAGUUUUAAAAAGGGAGGCAGUAUGAUAUAGUGGAAAAGACAGUGGACUUGGGUUGCAGUCCCAAGCCCCAGAAAAAAAAAAAAGUCGGGUGUGACCUUGUGCGGUUCAAUGGAAAGGCCACUGGGUUUGAAAUCCAAGGACCUGGCUUCGAAUUCUGGCUCUCCCACUUACAGCCUACGUGACGUUGGGCAAGACACUUCACUUGUCUCAGCAUCAGCUUCCUCAUGUACCAAAUGAAAUGAGGGGGUUGGACCAGAAUGACUUAAGAUUUUAUCCCACUCUAACUUAGUGAUCUAUGUCGCUUCACCCUCAGUGGGCCUCAAAUUCCUUGUCUAUAAAAUUAGGGGGCUGAUCCAGCUGAAUUCCCUCUCCAGAAUUCUACAAUAUUAUGAUUCUAGGAGGGGAAUCAAAUGAUCACAUUCCUCCCUCAAGUUCUCCAUCUUAGAGUAAAACACUAACCUCCAAAUAAUCCCUAUUUCGCUCAUUGUUCUGCAAAUGGACAAUAGGUAUCCAGGGCAGACACAAAAAGCAGUUGUCAAGAUCCACUAGGAUUUUAGAGAAACACUAAGGUUGUGGUGAAUGAAACCAGAAACUUUUUCAAAGUAAACUUUAUAUUAACUGUAUAGAGGGAAAAAUUUUAACCAUCACAAAGCUUGAGAUUUUGUUUUGUUUUUGCAUUUCCUAAUCACUUCCACAUCAUCAAAUUCCAAAUUUGUACUUGAAAAAAAAAAAUAAGGCCAUAUGUAAAAUACAAAAACUUCCCGAUGCCUAAGUGUCUUUCUCCCUUGACUCAGCAGCCGGUCUUGAUGUUAUCAUUAGGAGUGUGCAGAUGUUUCCAACAGACUUGUCCUUAAAAAAAAAAAUGUCUUCUCUCUAUGUACCAGGCUUGUAAUUAGCUGGGGAAAAGAGUAUUUUUCUAACUUAUUACAAGGAAUAGCCAAAUAAUUUUUUUAUUGAAAUAAGAAAAAAAUGAAAAAUGUAGAGCAAUUAGCGGUAACUAGCAUAGUACAAUCAGAACUGUUCCAAGGCCGUUAGGGGUAGGUAUGUCCAUCAACACUGGCACUGCUCUUCCUGCCAUAAUUUCUUUCUGCAGUCAGUUGCCAGUUGAGUGCAUGGCCUGAUCCGCCCCUCCCUCCUUAUUGCACAUGGACAUCGUCUUCAAGGAAAGGAUUUCUCUUCUUUUUGCCAAUUACAUUGGAAAAGUGUUUGCCACGAUUAACCUUUUUGGGAAUGUUUUGCUUUCUUCCAGUUCUCGGGGAGUUGAUUACAGUGCUUGGAGUAAAACUAUCAACAACAGAAAACCAUACCCAGUGUGCUUUUGACCUAGAGUCAUCAAAUGCUCAAUUCAUAGCAGUUCCUGGUUUAAGCCUUCUAGAUGGAAAGGGGGCUCGGAGCAAGAUUUGUCUGAUUCUGUAGAAUCAGAAAAGAUAUCUGCUGUCCCCAGUGGCAAAUGACCAAUCUUGGUUAGCAACUCUGUCAAGCAUCAAACCAGCCUCCUAAGGCUCCCGUGAGAGCCGGUGUAUUCAUUAACUCUGUGAAUCUCUGGAAGGUCUCAGUCUCUACAAAGCACAACAAACACUAACCCAAGUUUCUGGUCAGAUCCCAGUUUAAGUGCUCCUAUUUAUUUCAGUAAGAAGACAUGCUCCAAAGCAGCCUCUUUGUAUAUGGGAUCUUCCUCCUCUGUUACCUGUCGUUGAAAUCUUCCUUGGCCCUGCUUCCCCUUCAGCACCCUAGGAGCUGACCCUCACAGCUCCCACUACACGUGCUCUUUUUGGUUUCUGAAGACAGUGUAAAAGGGCCCAAAGACAGACCCCUUGGGGACUUUUGUAAAUAUCUCUCCCUACUCUCCACACUGUAGCUGAACAGUGUGUGGUACUUUCCCAGUCAGCUUUGCAAUACUGACUUCAAUCAUCAGAGAGAGAGAAACUAUUCAGAUUUUAUUUUUAUACCUGUGGUAACAAAAUGUUAACCAAAAUUUUUUUGUCAUUGUUGUGAAGGUUCUCCCACCCACCCCAAGCUAUUUGCUCACAUUUACCAAUUAAAGUGCCUGAAGCAUAAUUCAUUAUGUACCUGUAUCCUAAAAGUCAAAACCUGUUGUAUUGAUUUUUUUAUAACAAGCCUUUUUACCUCUGUGUAAAAAAAUAUAUAUACACGUGUAUGAUGUACAUUUUAGUUCUUAACUUUUUUUAUGGUUUCUAAUAUGUUUGAUCAAUGUAGUUAUUGCUUUAAAAUUUACCAUGUAAAUAUAAAUACAUCAUAUCAGA